AUAUUGCAUUUGUGCUGUCCGUGAAAAAGAUGAAGAUGGUCAAGCAACACAUGGACGGACAAUAACGUCUGAAUGGACGCAUCUCCACCGUCCACGUAACCACCCAGUGUCGCAGGUUUGGUUCUUCCAAACCGACGAUCUCCCACUGCGACUCAACGAAGGAGCAUUCCAUUUGGUCGAAUCGGUGACGAACGAACCUCAACAAUCUAAUUCAUCGCUUUCACUUACAACCUGACACACAUUUAUUUCAGAGAAUUUGACCUGGCUUCAGUUUAAAUGGGAGACAGGGUGGGUAAUUCUAAACAAAGCAGUGUUAUGAGUGGGAGUGGGAAAAAAACAUACAACAAGCUUCUGGUUGAAUCACGCCCUAAAGGCAUUGCACAGAGAAAUUAUGACCACCUUGUGUCAUUGACCCAUGGUGACUUUGGAAGCAGUGCUGUGGGUCGUGUCACCAUUUUUUUACUUAAAAUUGCGGCUUUAGAGACUGUGAGGAGGUUCUCCAAGAAUAAAUGUCCGUGCGUAUGGCGAGGCCUGCAGGGUCUGCAAAUCCUUGUUUACCCACCUUUCAAAUGGAUUCAGAGGUGGGCACCCUUCAGGGGUCUGGUCAAAAGCAUGCAGGUACUAUCAAGACCAUUACUAGUCCUUUCAAUUGCAACAGUCUUUACUGAUGAUCAACAACAAUGUAAUGAUGAAACCUCAGAUUCUGUUACUGAUUCUUAUGAUUCAGAAGUAUCUACUGAACUGUCUCCGGUGCAGUCUAAUUUGAAUACAAGUCAUUUUGAGACAGCUCCUAAAGUUUUAGAAUGUGAAAACUGGUUGACUCAACUCAAUAAAGAGCUUGAAAAUCAAGGAAUUAGUUUGCCAGAAAGAGUCAAUGAUGAUGAGCUCCGCAGAUUUUACACUGCCUCUAAUAACGACUUCUCAUGCUUCCUUACCUCAAUCAAAAAGACAAUACACUGGAGGGAGAGUUACAGAUUUCUUUCAGUAGAAGAGCUGGAAAUGUGGUCAAAUAUGGUGUUCUGGCACGGAUUCGAUUUGUUGCACAGACCUUGCCUCAUUGUAAGGCUUGGGAUAGCCUGUAGCUCUUUGGCGUCUGAAGAUAGACUUCAAUUUGCUCGGGCAGUCAUAUCGCAGGUAGAAUAUGGAGUCUUGCACUUCGUUGAUGCAGACAACCCUCAAAUUACCGUAUUGGUGGAUUGUGAAGGAUUGACUCCAUUGAGAAUUCCUAUGAAAAUGAUGAGAUCUUGUUCCUCCCUUCUGCAAGAUCACUUUCCUAAUCGUCUUGGUUGUUUGUUUAUCAUUCGACUUCCAGCGAUUGUUCGUGUUAUUGCCCAAACUUUUAUUCGGGUUCUAAAGCCAGCUACCAAGAAGAAGCUGAAAUUAGAGGGAGAGAUGUAUCAGAAAGUACUUCGUGACAAUCUGCCGACUCUACCAUCAUAUCUAGGAGGAGACUGCACUUGCAUGCAAUGUUCUAAAAUUGGCAAGUGGAAUAUGCUGCAACCUCAUGCAACUGGGACCAGCAGCAGCAGGAUUCAUAGAGAAGAGGAGCACAUCGGUGACAACGAGGGUUCACCAUUACUGCAUCCAUCUAAUGAAUUAGAUGACCACCAAAUCAACAACUAUGACCAGUUGUUGAGAACUGCUGUCAUAAGUAUUCUUGUAUUUUGGCUUUUCCUAGCUCUUGGUGCUGGAAUAUACGAUCCUGGUAGUCGUCGUUUAUCAUCGUAAUGUAAGAUUGACCAAAUUAGUUUUAUUCUCCUAGUUGAAUCAAUUUUUAGAAAACACCUAUAGUUUGAAGUUGUAUUUCUCAAUUAAGAGGUGGUGUUAUCCCAAGUUUAGAACAGUAAGAGGUGUACUAUUUCUGAUUACAGAUCUCCAGUUAUGGCUUGCACAGCUGCAAUAUAAAAUCUUUUUUCUGUGG